AAUGGCGAGCCCGCCGAUUUAUUUACGCGCGUUAGCUGAUACAUCCUCGUGACGUUAUCACGAUUUCUUGGACAAUUCUUUUCCCGGAAAAGGUAUUCUUCGACGCUACGUGAUUGGCAUCGCGCUGGAAUAAAGCGAUGUGCUCAUAAGCAACGUAUCGUAUUGACGUUUGCUAACGAAAGGUACGUACAACGAGACAACGCGAUGGAUAUGUCCGGGGACGAGGACAUAUUCGCUAUCAGCGACGAAGAAACGUCAACGGUGCAAACCGCGUCAUCGAAUCCCGUCGAAGAUUAUCUGUUGAAAGAGCUCGCCAAUAUCCAGAAUAGAAUCGAUGUCACAACGAACGAGAUUGCCGAGGUGAAAACGACCACUGCACGCAUUUUGAACGCUCUGCAGUGGCGCGCGCUUCAUGGAGAGGACGUAAAUUCGGAUUCCGAUUGUGACUUGUACACUGCCGAAGGACAACCUUCUUUCGUGAAGAAAAAAGGACAGCGUAAUACUAAUAAUAGAGAGAAAAUUGUAGAAAUAGUCUCACAGUGGCAAUGCGUUCUUCAGGAUAAAUGGAUUAUUGGAGUAGAGCUACAAAAUACAUCGUGUUGCACAUUGCUCAAUCUCAGAUGUUAUCCAUAUGUACGGGACAAGGCGGAGAUUUACGGUGAGUCGAUGUUCUGGAAACGCUUCUUUCAUUGGGAAAAGAUCAAUUCGAUCCACCCUGGCGCUGUUCAUGUCGUGGCAACGAUGGUGCUCGAUCUACCAACGUUCGAUAGAAAAUCCGUCAGCGAAUGUUGGGCCACGAUCUCGUACGAGAUCGACGAGACGCAAUAUCAGAUCCCGGUGCCGCCCGUUUCUCUUAGCAUCGACGAAGUGAUCGAUAGCUCGUGUAUGAAGUUUUUAAACAAGAACGAACGUAAUGCGAUACUGGCGCUGAAAAGUACGUCUAGCACAGAGAAAAUUGUUAAUGUUCGUUUCUCGAAGGAUAAUCAAGACGAUGAAGAUGAUUCGUAUGAUUCAUGUAACACCGUGAAGAAACAACUCUUUCAUUUCUUAACCGAGAAGACUUUCGUAAAAAUUUACGACGACGUUUUCUUGGUGAAGGAACAUGGCUCCCUGAUGUAUUGUUUGGUCGAGUUGGAAUGGUUGAGUAACGUCGACGAAGUAAAAGUCAGAAUAUUUGCCAGAUCCAUCAACCAGCUGAACAUAAUAUUACACUUCCUGCGGGCUGUAUUUCCGAACAUGACUGUUUUGGAAGAGGUCGAUGAUUGCUACGAGGCUGCAGAGGCUUUGAUACGUGAAUUAGAGAUGAUUCGCGACAAGAAGAGCGCUCUUCAGAUACAAGAAGCAAAAGUAAUAACGGAUUUACUUAUUCCUUGAGUGUGUUAUUUUGUAAACAAGAAUAAUGCACACUUAAUCACCACUUAUAUGAUUCUUUUUCAAUAUAUAAUAUAAUUUUCAAUAUAAAUAAUACGAAUGCGUUAACAUAAUGUAAUGUCACGUUUGUUGUAAAAAUACAUCUGCUCAGUUGAUCUUCCACUUAACAAAAACUGAGCGAACAAUU